UCCUAGGCAUGGCUUCAACAACUUCCUCUGUCACUGUGUUCUCAGUACUCGUAAUAGUGAGCUGCUUUGGGUUUCUUGAAAUGACAAUGGCCGGGGACCCAGAUAUCCUAACAGACUUCGUAGUACCUGCUACAGUAAAUGCGAGCCGAGGAGUUGAUGGAAGCUUCUUCACAUUCACUGGGUUGGAAUCCUUGGUGGCAGCGGACCCUCCAGCGACCUUUAAAGCCACCAAAGUAAGCAUGGCAGAGUUCCCGGCUCUCAACGGUCAAAGCGUUGGCUAUGCUGUUCUUCAGUUCCCGGCCAUGACGACUAACCCGCCACACACUCAUCCUCGCUCCGCCGAGCUUCUCCUCCUCAUUGAUGGCAGUCUUGAAGUUGGUUUCAUCGACACAGCCAAUAAGCUCUACACGCAGUCCCUACAAUCUGGAGACAUUUUCGUCUUUCCGAAGGGAUUGGUGCAUUUCCAGUACAACUCUGAUCUUCAAAAUCCAGCUGUGGCUGUCUCGGCUUUCGGAAGUGCCAACGCCGGCACCGUUUCUCUUCCAACCACUUUGUUUGCCUCUGGUUUGGAUGACAAUGUCUUGGCUAUCUCUUUCAAGACUGACGUUGACACCAUUCAAAAACUCAAGGCUGGUCUUGCUCCCCCUAAGCCCUAAAAAUGAUUAACGUUCAAAAGACAAGACCACGCCAGGAUUUGAUAUUCAUGAAGUUUUUUUUUUAUGUGUUUAGAUUUUUAUUGUUGCACUCAUGUACGUCUCCACCUCGUUUCUUGCCCAGUAAUUGGCAUUAAUAAUUAUUGUUAAUUUAUUAUUUGUUAAGUUUAUACUCAAUUAUUCAUAUUUAUAGUUGUUAGUAAAUAUUUAUAAAACUAAGGGUUCCUUCGU